GCACACACAGAGCGGAGCAUAAACUUUCCGCAACCACGCCGAUAAUUCGCUCAGGGACUUACUACAAUAGAUAAACCAAGCGGAUUGUAUCGGGAAUAAGACUUGAUCAUGUAUGCACGUAAUUGUUAAAAUGCAUAGUUGGACUAUGCUACAUUAUGGUAUUUGAUACAAGAAGUGUGAAGAUAUCAAACGUAUUGACUACAGAAAAGACUUGGGAUUUUUUCCCGACAGACCCUGUGAGACGGACAUUUACUUCCCUCGGUGUCGAUUAUAUGAAAUAUUAACGGGGAUAUUUACCGAACCAUUGUUGGGAACAGUGCAACUUCUCUUUGGUCGUUUGCCAAAUGCGUCUACGGGUAGGACAACUACGGAAUCUCGUUUCUCUGGCAUAAAACCCACUGGAAAUCAUUGAGUAAGGAGAGGGCACAAAUCUUCUCGUACCUUGUUCAUAUUCCUAUUUCCCUCGUUGGUUUUAUGGAGGUAACUCUGGGUUUGGGUGCUUGACGCCGUUGGACUGGGUGCUUGACGCGGUUGGACUGGGUGCCGGAACACCUCGGAUUGUAUUCACCCGUCUCUCCCUCUCUCCCCUGGGGUUAUUUUUAUGUCCGAGCUGACCGCUUUAUGACAAUGGAUUACUUGCUGGUUUUAUGCAGCCUCUGGUUGCACAUGGCCUCAGCUGUUGAAGAAACAUUAAUGGACACCAAGUGGGCCACAACUGAGCUAGCCUGGACUGCUCAUCCUGAAACUGGGUGGGAGGAGGUGAGUGGCUACGAUGACGCCAUGAACCCCAUCCGGACGUACCAGGUGUGCAACGUGCGCGAGGCCAACCAGAACAACUGGUUACGCAGUGACUUCAUCCCACGUAAAGACGUCCUCAGAGUCUACGUGGAGAUGAAGUUCACUGUGCGCGACUGCAACAGCAUCCCCAACAUUCCCGGCUCCUGCAAGGAGACCUUCAACCUCUUCUACUACGAGUCCGACUCAGACUCGGCCACGGAGACGAGUCCAUUCUGGAUGGAAAAUCCCUAUGUGAAGGUGGACACCAUCGCGCCCGAUGAGAGUUUCUCCAUGUUGGAGUCGGGAAGGGUGAACACGAAAGUACGGAGCUUCGGACCUCUUUCCAAGACUGGGUUUUACCUGGCAUUCCAAGAUCUGGGGGCUUGUAUGUCGUUGAUUUCUGUCCGGGUCUUCUAUAAGAAGUGUUCGACCACCAUCGCGAACUUCGCCGUGUUCCCCGAGACGGCCACGGGGGCAGAGGCCACGUCGUUGGUCAUCGCGCCCGGAACAUGUGUUCCCAACGCUCUUGAGGUGUCCGUGCCUCUCAAGCUGUACUGCAACGGGGACGGCGAAUGGAUGGUUCCCGUGGGAUCGUGCACCUGCGCGUCCGGGUUCGAGCCCGCGAUGAAGGACACCCAGUGUCAGGGUGAGUGUGACAUCAAGGACACUCAAUGUCAGGCUUGCAGCCCAGGCACGUUCAAAUCCAAGCAGGGCGAGGGUUUCUGCACACCCUGCCCACCCAACAGCCGUACCAGCUCUGGCGCAGCCAACGUAUGCUCCUGUAGAAACGGCUUCUACCGCUCAGACACAGACUCACCAGACAACGCCUGCACCACCGUUCCCUCGGCCCCGCGCAACGUCAUCUCCAACGUCAAUGAGACCUACCUGGUCCUGGAGUGGAGCGAGCCUCGUGACUCGGGCGGUCGUGACGACAUCUUCUACAACGUCAUCUGCAAGAAGUGCCUGCCCGAGCGCGGCAUGUGCUCGCGCUGCGACGACAAUGUAGACAUCUCGCCGCGCCACCUGGGCCUGACGCAGCGGCGCGUGGCGGUCCGAAACCUGCAGGCCCACACCCAGUACAGCUUUGAGAUCCAGGCCGUCAACGGCGUGUCGAAUAAGAACCCGUACACGCCACAGUUCUCCGCCGUCAAUAUCACCACCAAUCAAGCCGCUCCAUCUGCAGUACCUACAGUUCACCUGAUGGGGGCCACAGCUAGCACCAUGAGUCUUUCCUGGCUGCCCCCUGAAAAACCCAACGGGAUCAUUCUGGAUUAUGAGAUUAAGUACCAUGAGAAGGACCAGGGAGAAGCUAUUGCCCACACCAUGACCGCCCAAAGGAGUUCUGCCCGCAUCGAGGGGCUGAAGGCCGGCACGCCAUACGUGGUCCAGGUCCGGGCCCGCACGGUGGCCGGGUACGGUCGCUACAGCAGCCCCGCCGACUUCAGCACCAACCUGCAAAGUGACCCAGAGAAGUCUCUUCAGGAGCAGCUGCCCCUCAUCGUGGGUUCUGCCACUGCCGGUCUCGUCUUCAUCAUAGCUGUCGUUGUCAUCGCCAUCGUCUGCCUCAGGAAGCAGAGGAAUGGCUCUGAGUCAGAGUACACAGAGAAACUUCAGCAGUACAAAUCCCCUAUAGUCACGCCGGGAAUGAAGGUCUAUAUCGACCCCUUCACCUACGAGGACCCCAACGAGGCCGUCCGAGAGUUUGCGAAGGAGAUCGACAUCUCCUGCGUGAAGAUCGAGGAGGUCAUCGGCGCAGGUAACCAACCAAAGCUCCUGAGCUACAGGGGGAAGACUGCUAGUCACCUCCAGGCCAUACCGUUAGAGGACUUCACGCCAAGCGGAGAGUUUGGGGAGGUGUGUCGUGGGCGUCUGAAGCUGCCCGGACGACGGGAGAUCAUUGUGGCUAUCAAGACACUCAAGGUGGGCUACACCGACAGGCAGAGGCGGGACUUCCUGAGCGAAGCGAGCAUCAUGGGACAGUUUGACCACCCGAACAUAAUCCGGUUGGAGGGCGUGGUCACCAAGAGCCGACCAGUCAUGAUUGUCACAGAGUUUAUGGAGAACGGAGCACUGGACUCUUUCUUAAGGCUCAAUGACGGGCAGUUCACAGUGAUCCAGCUGGUGGGCAUGUUGCGUGGCAUCGCCGCGGGCAUGAAGUAUCUUUCUGAUAUGAACUACGUUCACCGGGACCUGGCAGCUCGCAACAUUCUGGUCAACAGCAACCUGGUGUGUAAGGUGUCCGACUUCGGCCUGUCGCGAUUCCUUGAAGACGACGCCACGGACCCAACCUAUACCAGCUCACUGGGAGGCAAGAUUCCGAUUCGCUGGACGGCUCCCGAGGCCAUUGCCUACAGGAAGUUCACCUCGGCCAGUGACGUGUGGAGCUAUGGCAUCGUCAUGUGGGAAGUGAUGUCGUACGGAGAGCGGCCAUAUUGGGACAUGAGCAACCAGGAUGUUAUAAACGCAGUGGAGCAGGACUACCGGCUGCCCCCGCCCAUGGACUGCCCGACAGCACUGCACCAGCUCAUGCUUGACUGCUGGGUCAAGGAAAGAAACCUCCGGCCUAAGUUCUCCCAGAUCGUCGCAACGCUGGACAAGCUCAUCCGCAACGCCGCCAGCCUCAAGGUGGUCACCAGCAGCACGCACUCUUCCGGGGCGUCGCAGCCCCUGCUCGACCGAUGCGUCCCCGACUACACCACCUUCACCACCGUGGGAGACUGGCUGGACGCCAUCAAGAUGAGCCGCUACGGUGACAAUUUCCUCAAUGCCGGAUUUGCCUCCUUCGACCUCGUGGCCCAAAUGACAGCAGAAGAUCUUCUUCGGAUAGGAGUGACAUUGGCAGGCCACCAGAAGAAGAUUCUAGGCAGCAUUCAGGACAUGAGACUACAGAUGAACCAAACACUACCUGUCCAGGUCUGAGAUGGACCAACCAGAGAGAGAGAGAGAGAGCCAAUGGGAAACCCUAGCUGCCUGACCAUCCCAGCCAAUCAGAUGAAGACAAACCUGGCUUGCAGUGCCUCGAAGGGACUAGACGUGGUUUCUUCUUCUUCUGUCUUCCGCGCCAAUGUUUCCUGUUGUGUUCUAUGUUAUUAGUCCCACGUUUUGACAAGAUUUAGCUGAAUGAUUUUUGUAUAAAAAAAAAAAAAUGUUUCUAAAGAGAAGAAACGGAACCCAUAAUCCCAUGCGUGCCUCACUUGGUCCAGUGUGGGGUGAUCGUUUGCAUGCGCGCGUGUGUUUUCGUGAGGAUGGCUGGGACUCAACCCCUCCACCCAACCCAUCUCCUUGUAUCCUGAACUUGGUCAUCCUCCUGUGAAAACCCAUCUCCUUGAACCUUGAACCUUGACCCUAACAUCUGUCGGACAGCCCCCCUGACGGACAUUAAAGUUGGAAGUGGACGAACACUGUUUGAGUAUAAAAAUACAGAAAAAAAAGCUGAAAAAGUGAACAAGCGUUCGCACACAAAAAAAUGAAGUGUUUGGACACGAUAGAUGAAGUCCCUCCCAUGCUACAACUUGUUUUAGUGUGUGUGUGUGUGUGUGUGUGUCUGUGUGUGUGUGUGUGUGUGUGUGUGUGUGUGUGUGUGUGUGUGUGUGUGUGUGUGUGUGUGUGUGUGUGUGUGUGUGUGUGUGUGUGUGUGUGUGUGUGUGUGUGUGUGUUAUUCCCCAUCUUCAUAUUGAAGAUGUACUAUUAUGCACAAGGCCACUGAGAAGGACGUGGAGGAGAAGUGUAAAGGGUGGAAAAUAAGAAGAUCACCAGAGGUCAAAUGAGAGCAUCUGAGAUGGCCGCGCUAGUUUGGCCCCAAAAGUCUCCGACCGACCUCUUUCUAAGACGUAGGGGAGAACAUUGGCUCAUAUGCCUCAUCAACUGUGUCUGUCCUACUAUGAUAAAUGUUGUCUAUUUGUUUUUAUCAGCUCUCCAUUUACAUUUUCUGUUCUAUAGUUAUUGGGGUUUGUGUUUCAAGAUAGUACUUCCUGUUUGGGCUGAUCAGAGUUUAGUACUUCCUGUUUGGGCUGGUCAGAGUUUAGUACUUCCUGUUUGAGCUGGUCAGAGUUUAGUACUUCCUGUUGGCUGGUCAGAGUAUAGUACUUCCUGUUGGACACUUUGAUGUUGGGGAGCUAGGCGAGGACUGUGGCAACAUACCUGACCGACCGGCCUUUUGUGUGUGUGUGUGUGUGUGUGUGUGUGUGUGUGUGUGUGUGUGUGUGUGUGUGUGUGUGUGUGUGUGUGUGUGUGUGUGUGUGUGUGUGUGUGUGUGUGUGUGUGUGUGUGUUUAUGAAUGCGAGAGUGUAACAAGUUACACACACAUAAUGUACAAUGCAGCUUCAGCUAUAUCCCCACUGUGGAGAAUUAGCGCAUGAACUGAACAGUGACAAGGAGCAACAAUUAUAUAUCGGAAACAGUUACGCUUUAUUCUGUGGACAAACUGUUAAUGUUUUUAUUUUUAUUUUAUUGAAAUACAAAAUGUUUGGAAAUAUACACUAUAUGCAUCCACAAUAGAGCAGACACACGUAACUUUCUUUUUACAUUUAUCUGGAUGUUAAAUUAAUCCAAAAACUCGAGUUAAAUUUCUCUACUUCCACCCACUGUAUUUAUUUCUCUCCCCACUUGGACAACAGCCCAUUUGAACUGUGGACUUUAUUCAAAAGAAUGAUGAAGAGGAAACAGAAGUUCCAAGAGGAUUCAGUAAAUGAAUUAAUGAUUAUAAAAAAAAAUGCAUAUAAAAUUGGAUAUUGUAUUUUUGUUGUUGUUCUAAACAGCCUGUACAUGUUUUGUAACAAAAAUAAGAUAAAUAACAUGAAAACAAAAUGGA